AUGCUACGCGGAGUCUGGAACCCUGUCCAAAUCAAACAACUGAUGACCACUAUCAUGAAUGACUGGACCAAGUGUGCCAAGCACACUUGGACAGAAGACGAGGAGAAGAUGCGCGCGGAAGCAGAAUCCCCUGCGACUGCCCGUAGAGACGACGCCAUCAGGGCUUGGACGCAAAGGGAGCAUGCUAUUUUCAUUAAAUAUUUGAGUGGCGAUUUGGACUUGCAGCACCCACCGAAUUUCAUCAAGGAGAUCCUGGCUAGUGAACAUCAGGCCAUGGUCGAAGACAUGCACGAGACUUACUUUAAUGUAACCCUCACCGCUAUUGCACCGGCAUCCGUGAGAUUGUCCGUGCACACCCCACAUGUGACCUUUCUCAAAGAAAUUUUCAACGCUAACACAGACGACCAUACCGGACACGCAAUGAUGAGAGUAUUUCAACAGGAUGUCAAGCGCCUCAGUUUUGACGGCAAUCAAACGCUUCACGCAGUUUUGUAUUCAAAACGAGCGUCAGCGCGUUGGCAGAACAAGACGUUAAAAUUGAAAGCAGCGGUGAUCACACUAAGAGACACGGAACGCCUCCCAGAAGACAGCACUUACGGCGUCCAUGCACGAAGUGCCUCAAUCCGUGGCAUGGGGCAAGACAGUUCACCCGACGGGGCAACACCAAUGAAUGCUACCCAUGAAAUCGGGCACGAGGGUAACGUAACACGGCGGACCGGUGAAGCAAGAAUGGCCCCACAAAACACCGAUAAUCGUUUCGAACAAUUUCAACAACAUGAAGCUAUGGGUAUGUUCAGUGUACUCGCAGACUCGGACAGUGAGGCGGACGAGGGUGUGAAUGCCAUGCAAGUUGACGAGGAUGGCCUGGACCAAUCGUGUCCACUUACACCGGAGCAGGAGGAGGCUCCAUAUGCGUACCCACAGGAGGAGGACGAAGAAACAAAAGACGAUAGGGUGCCCGGCUUCGAGGAAGAGGAGCAAGCACAGACUAUUGUACAGCGGACUGGGAGUGUCGACGAUGUUGCCAUGACUCAGGUGACGGACGAUGAGGACGGAACAGCUGAACACCGCACGACACCAGCAGAAGAAAACGCAGGCACUGAGGAGGACAUCAAGCCCUCGAAGGCACUGGAAGCCCAAUCAGCGACUGCUGUGGUCCGAGUGGCAAGAAAAGCGAAGCAACAACUUGAGUAUCCUGCUCCACCUCGAAUUAAGGCCGCUGCACCUGCAUCCCUGACUGAGGAGGUGGUCCCAGCAACCCCGGAUUCUCAGGAAAAAAUGACCAUGGGCCCGACUCGGACUGGCACGGACGCUGGGGAUUCAGACCUUCCUAUCCAAGUCGGUCAAUGGUUGGCCAGCUUUGACGGUACAAUGGUUGAAGUGGAGGCGAAUGGGCAGUGCGCCUUCCUGGCUCUGUACGCUUCUACAGUGAACCAUCCUGCAGCAAAGCUCAAGACUACCAAAGCAGUAGUGCGCGAGGCUACCUCACUUAAUGAUUCCUUCUAUGCCUUAAUGAUGUCCAAUAUUCGGAAAGAUGUUGCGCUGGGGUUAGUGGACCCGAUCGCGGAGUGGAAGGAAGACAUCAACUCCCUAACGGACACGGAACGCUCAGUGGACUUGACCACGAUUAACCAUCUUGCCGACGUCACCGAGGUGAAUAAGUUGCUCAUUAAACGAUUGGAAAUGCGGGCACGUCUAGAUUUCGUCCAUGCAAGACAGGGACUGGCGAUCCUUAAUGCCGACCCGUUACCUUCUGACUUGAAGGAUGUUCUACAUAUAGAGGAACAACACAUUCACGAAGCCUACGGCAUGGACACAUAUGCAGCUUCGUCCCAAGAGGACCAAAGCGGGGGCCAUCAGGGUAGCAGUCUUCCACAGCGAUACGCCAAGGCUGCCUCCGGGGACAUCAUUGCCAACACCUACUUUCGUAUUCUCCGACAAUCAAAUUCGGUAGCGAAGGAGGAGGUGGAUGGUCCUCUAGAAGAUUUAAUCGCCUUGUCCAACCAAGAAGCAUUCAUCAAAUGGCGUGAUCUUUUCAAGGAGGAACUGUCCUUGCCAAAGAUGAAACGAAGGAAGGUCACCUCCGCCGACAUUCAAGAAUGGCUUCUCGCUCACCUUGAAGCGCUCCGGCAUUUCUUCGCCUUCAUAUCCUUUCCCGAGUACGAAGCGAAAACCAGGUGGUCACAAGACCACCUUCUGCAGUGGGGAGUUAUGGAAACGGCGCAACCAACACACAUCAGUACCGAAGCAUGGCACAUACUACACAUCCUGCCACACGUGGUGUGCGACUGGGCAGAUACACCAAUGGUCGGGCUCCCCUCGGUGCCCGGUCAACAUGACCCGUGA